UCCGGCCGCCGACCUCUGCAAUCAGGUCUAACUCAGAGCCCUCAGCUAAUAGACCCCGAUCUACACCCCCGGAAGGUAUGACCGAUGGAGAGGACGGAGCAGUCCCCCCCUCGUCGUCCAUCUCAUCGCUAUCAUCGGUGGGCAGUCAGGGCUCUGUCGUGGAGAAGCGAUUCGCUCAGUCCAGACAGGAAUUGCUGGAACAACGACAUCAGGAGUUGCUUAAGAAACAAAGACAACUACAGGAACAGUACACACGACUGCAACAGUUGAGUAGAGGACAGAUACCGCGCGGUCUACUCAACGACCUCAAGAAGACCGGAUCCGAGAGUAAUAUCGUGUCGAAGGCCUCAUUCAACAUGAGUGCAGUUCACGGCUCGCUCCGGGAUUUGGCCCACAAGACAGUGGCGCACAAUGGCGUCACGGAUGCCAACAAUCAAAAGAUCUUCGAAACCGAUAUACUC